GGGCCCUUCCAAAGCUUGCAGAACGCUCUAUUCUUUUCAGGAAACAGGUUGUGGUGAUCGCUUGAAGCAUUGGGCUAUAAUGUGAAAUCUCCUCGAGCUUUGUUUAAGUUUUGAUAGUGCAAGUUUUUACUUUAGCAUCACUCGUUUCUUUACUACAGCUAAAAUGCAGAAACUUACAUCUAACGCCAACACUCCAAAGAGUACCCCUCAAUCUGAGGAAAACAGUCGUGCACAGACUCCCGUUGGUACUUCGAAUCCAUUCGCAACGCCUCCAUACUCAAGACCUGCCUCGACAAUUGGGGCUCGAUCUGGAUUUCAGUAUGCCGAAGUCCCUGGGACAGGAUACUUUCGAUCUCGUCGAGUUCGCAAAGCAGAUGCUAUACCUCUUCCAGUCAACAAAAAGGCAAAAAAAGAGGCCCUUUUAUGGGUUUUUCCUCUCGGCGGCUUGAUUCUUGGAUUAGGUCUUACUGGUCUCAUUAUUUACUUGAAACUAUCUGAGAUCACACACCACAAGUACUGUCCAGUUCUUUCAGAGGACUUUUCCUCUGGUACUUUAGAUCCAAGUAUUUGGACAAAAGAAGUUCAAGUAGGAGGUUUUGGAAAUGGACAAUUUGAGCAAACCACAACAGAUGCCGAGAAUCUUUUCAUUCAAGAUGGGCAACUUUACAUCAAGCCUACAAUUCAAGAUGCAUCGUUGAUCACCACCAACAAUAUCAUCAAUCUCACGGCCGAUGGGACUUGCACAACCACCUCCAAUAUACUUGUCAAUUGUGUCACUUCUACAAACACAACCAACGGGACUAUCGUGCAACCAGCCAAGUCCGCUCGCAUCAAUACCAAGCUUGGUGCCACAAUCAAGUACGGGAAGGUUGAGGUCAAAGCUAAGUUGCCGAAAGGAGACUGGCUCUGGCCAGCUAUCUGGAUGUUGCCAGUUGAGGAUACCUAUGGAUCCUGGCCACAGAGUGGUGAGAUUGAUAUCAUGGAAUCUCGUGGCAACAACUACACGUACAGUCUUGGUGGCAACAAUUUUGUAUCAAGUUCUCUGCAUUGGGGUCCGGAUCUAGCCAGCGAUGCAUACAAAAAGACUACCAACGUGAGAGCUGCUUUGCACUCCCAGUUCGGUGACGAUUUUCACAUUUACGGCUUGGAGUGGACCGAGAAGUUCAUCUUUGCGUAUAUUGAUAACACGCUGCGCCAAGUCAUGUAUUGGCCGUUUUCCAGACCAUUGUGGCCACAGGGAAAUUUCCCAUUGAGCGAUGCUAAUGGAACAGCGAUCGUGGAUCCAUGGUCACAAACGGGCCGAAAAAAUACCCCGUUCGAUCAAGAAUUUUAUCUUAUCUUGAACGUUGCUGUUGGGGGGGAGAACGGCUGGUUCCUGGAUGGAGCAGAUGGAAAACCAUGGGUUGAUGGAAGCGCAUCUGCAAAGCUCGAUUUCUGGAAAGCUCGAAACGAGUGGCUUCCUACAUGGGAGAAGAGUGGACAAAUGAUUGUGGACCAAGUGAACAUGUGGCAACAGUGUGAUUAGCUUUAGCUUAACAAGGACUGGGCAGGAAUGAGUUACUGUAACGAUCGGCGUAAUUAGGAUAGGAAAUGGACCCUGGAGGAUUUCUUUGGAUAUGAUAAGUUUAAUGGAAUUUGAGUUAUUAUUAGACAGACAAACAAAGCAACAUACUGUAAUUUUCAAGAUAUGGAUUUUGAUUUCGAUUGACCUUGAGUUUCAAUGCACAUUCA